UAUGUGGAUCUCUAACACCAAGGAAGCAAAAAGCAAAGAGAUUUCUUCAGACACGUUUGCUUUAUUGGACUGGAAUUCUAUUAAGCUGAUUUGAGAAAAGGGUUACCCAUCCCAGAACAUCUGAUUCUGUUUAGUCAGAGGACUCUAGACUCUGUAAUGUCAUCUGUAAAGGUUGAGUGCAUUAUACAAGAGAACUGCAAGAUUGGAGAGUCACCUCUAUGGGAGGAAAAAGAGAAUUCACUUCUUUUUGUGGAUAUAAGUGGGGAAAAAGUAUAUCGAUGGAAUUCCCUUACAAAGGACCUACAAAGUAUUUCAACAGACGCUCCAGUAAGCUCAAUAGCUCUCAGGAAAUCUGGUGAUUACAUUAUUACCCUUGGAACCCAGUUUGCUGCUUUAAACUGGAAAAAGAAGUCUGUAACCACUAUUACUCAUAUUGACAAGGAUAAACCCAACAACCGAUUCAAUGAUGGCAAAGUGGACCCUGCAGGAAGGCUGUUUGCAGGUACAAUGGCUGAGGAGAUUCGACCUGCAGUGCUAGAGAGACAUCAGGGGUCCCUCUACACUCUCUUUCCUGAUCACUCUGUAGUGAAGCACUUUGAUAAAGUGGACAUCUCCAAUGGGUUGGAUUGGUCGCUGGAUCACAGAACAUUCUUUUACAUCGAUAGCCUUUCCUUCUCUGUGGAUGCAUUUGACUAUGACCUACAAACCGGAAAACUUUCCAACCGCAGGAAUAUGUACAAGAUGGAAAAGGAAGACAGCAUCCCUGAUGGGAUGUGUAUUGAUACAGAAGGGAAGCUUUGGGUGGCUUGUUAUGAUGGAGGAAGAGUGAUCCGUAUAGAUCCAGAGACAGGAAAACGAAUCCAGACUGUGAAGCUCCCCGUUGAUAAAACUACUUCUUGCAGUUUUGGAGGAAAUGAUUAUUCAGAAUUAUAUGUCACCUCAGCUUGCGGAGGAAUGGAUGAGGCUUCAUUAUCACGGCAGCCUCAGGCUGGCAGCAUAUUCAAGAUAACUGGACUUGGUGUAAAAGGAAUCCCACCAUAUGCAUAUGCAGGUUAAAGAUUACUCUUGAAGACGUAUAUCAAGACCAGAAAAGAGAUGAACCAAAGAUUUGCAUGGUUGGAAACUUAUCCCUUCUUUAAAGGAUAAUACAGAAAGGUGGUCAACAAAAAGAGUUAAUCCCCAAACAUUUAAAUCAGAUUUGUAUUCCACCAUUGGCCUCUCACUGUUGUUAACUGAAAAACAGACUUUGCCUCCUCUUUUACUAAAAUAAAUUCUUUCCUAAUAAAGUUUGAAGCACAUGGA